AUGGGCCCUGGUCAAAUCUCGGAUACGAACGUGACGACGUGCAAGGAGGUCGAGGUACCGAGUGAGGUCAGGCAACAGCGCCACUGCGCGGAAUCGCUGAACAACCGAGGAGGGAUUUCCUUUGAAGACUUGAGCGGCUCUGAACAAGCUGAGGCUUUACACCAGCUCAUCAGGAAAAGCUGCGUUGAAAUGGCGCUGAACCGUAUUGAUGGGAAGGAGGAGCUCUACGUCGGCGGCAUCUGGGCUCUUCGCCGGCCGUCAGCCCUCCAGGAGCGUAACAUCUCCCACAUUCUCUCUGUCUUGCGUUUCGACCCCGCCGGUCUGAAGAGUGAGACGGAUACCUGGGAGAACUACGGCAAGAGUUACAAGCACUUGGUCAUCGACAUUGAUGAUGUAGAGGAUUCCGACCUGCUUAUUCACCUACCCCAGGCGGUGCGCUUUAUUGAGAACGCGCUUUAUCCCGACAAUGUCGAGGAGACGCCCCAGGAGGAUGAAGAGACGCGAGAGAAGAAUUUCCAAGCAAAGGUCAAGAAGUUGAAGAAGGCUGUUGAACGUGACCAGGAGGCGUCGUCAUCGGAGUCGGAGGAUCAGGAUGCGAUUACGCCCGUGCCGGAAUUCAAGGACCUGAAGCUCCGGCCCGCGGCCGAGAGGGCGGGUGGGAGCUCGCCAGGCGCUGUCUUCGUACACUGCGCGAUGGGCAAGUCUCGUUCCGUGAGCGUCGUCGUGGCGUACCUGCUUUGGAAGUACCCAUCCCGCUUCGGACGCUCCGCCGCGUCCACCGCCGAGGUACAGAAGUCUUCGGCGACACAGAAGCUCGACGACAAGGCUGCCGCGGCGAUCAAAGAGCGGUCGACUGCGGCUGUUGAGGCAGCGGUGAAGUGGGUGCGCAAAACCCGUGAGAUCGCCGAGCCGAACCCCGGUUUCAUGCAGCAGCUCGAGAUGUGGUGGGCUAUGGGCUGCCCCGAUGACGUCGAAUCGCAUCCCAUCUACCAGCGCUGGGCUUUCCAGAGGGAGAUCGAUGAGAGUGUCGCCGCGGGCCAGGCCCCCUCGCGACUACGGUUCGAGGACGAGGAGGCAAAGGGGGGUGAUGACCAAGUUCAGGGCAAGGAGCUCCGGUGUAAGAAGUGCCGCCGGACACUUGCUACGCCAAGGUUCGUGCUGGACCACGAACCGGAAGGUAAGCCCGGCGCCCAGGCGUGCGGGCACUUGUUCGUUGAGCCGCUGAGCUGGAUGAGGGAUGAGCUAGAGAAGGGUGAUCUCGAGGGGCGGUUGAGUUGCCCCAACGGGAAGUGCGGCGCGGCUGUCGGCAGGUAUAGUUGGAGGGGGUUUAGGUGCAACUGUGGCGGGUGGGUUACGCCUGGCUUCAGUCUGCAGAAGGCACGGGUGGAUGAGGUUGCAGCUAGGGUUACGGGACCCAAGGGAAUGGCUUCACUGGGUAUCCGGAUGCCUCCUGGGACUGGGCGGCUCUAG